AUGAUGAUUUCUUCCAUUGGGAGGAAAAAACCUAACAUCACCGAUUCAAAAGAUGAUUCACUUCCAACUCCGGGCAUGUUUUGGAAUUCUCUAACAUCUAUUCAGAAAUUAGCCAUAAAACUCUUUAAGAUUUCAAUAACAAAGCAGUUGGAUAUAUCAUCAACAAACCAUGUCAUCAUCAUGGAUUCAGUUCCCACUCUUCCCUUUGAUCUGAUAACAGAAAUACUCUCUAGGCUACCUGUCAAAUUUCUUCUCAAAUUCCAAUGUGUCUCCAAAUCAUGGAAUUCCCUAAUAUCUCACGAUCCCAAUUUCGCCAAAAAGCACCUUACCAAAUCAACAACCCACUCACUCAACUCUUUAGGUUUCACUUUUCCCGGCAUUCUCACUAUGUAUCCACCGGACUUCUUUUUCAACACAUUUGUAUUUACUAACGUCAAGCAGCAUGAGCAUCCUUCACAGGAAUGUAAUCGGUGUCUUCGGGCAAAGAAAGUUGUUGGCUAUUGCAAUUGUAUCAUGGCAAAGGAAAUUGUUGGCUCUUGUAAUGGCAUCCUCUGUCUUGCCUACAAGGAAUUCAUUCAAUUAUGGAACCCUACCAUUGGAAAAUUAAAGGAACUACCCGUUUUACGUAAUCCACAUCAUCUUAACAUCGCAUAUGGCUUUGGCUAUGACUCUGUUACUGAUCAUUAUAAAGUGGUUGUUGUUUUAUGGGACCAUUGCGGUGAUGAGAAAACUCAAGUGAAGGUCAAUACUCUGGGUACCAAAUUAUGGAAAAACAUCGAGGAGGAGUUCCCUUUUGGUUCUAUCCCCGAUCAGAAAUCUGGAAAGUGUGUGAGUGGCACAAUCAAUUGGUUGGCUUCUUCUCGACGUUGGCCUAGGCCAAGUCCACACUUUAUUGUAUCUCUUGAUUUGAGGAACGAGUCUUAUCAGAAAGUUUUGCUGCCCGAUAAUGUAGAGGUCAAUGAUAACUCCUUGACAUUGGACGUGUCGAGCUUGUGCAUGAUUUCUGGUCAUGAUGUUUGGCUUAUGAAGGAAUACGGAAAAAAAGAGUCUUGGAACAAAUUGUUUACUAUUUCAUACACGCAUAAUCCUAGAUUGUCGUAUUCCUUCUCCAAGGUGGUAUAUAUUUUUGAGGAUGGCCAAGUGUUGCUUCAAAUUAAAAUGGCUUUUGUUCGUCCGCAGUUGAUGAUAUAUGAUCCAAGGAUUGCUACUUUUAAGUUUGUUACGUUUCAAAAGAGUUUUUAUGGCUCAAGGUUUUUUGACCUAGAUGUCUCAAAGUAUGGUGGCUUAGUAGUGAGCAUUGAGAGUUUGAUAUCACCCUGUUCUUAA